AUGGUGCGUUUUGUUUCAAUUUUAAGUUUAUUCGGCUGCGCGGCGACGCUUGUCACGGCCCAUGAUGACAUGGACAUGGACAUGGAUAUGGACAUGGAUAUGGACAUGAAUAUCGAUACGACAACGUCUCAAUCCAUAGAUGUCUCAUCCACGGCUUCAAUCGUCCCCGUGCCACAUGAACCAAAACAUUUGCAUGGCCUUCCUAUACUGCAAUCGCCCUCGCUUACCCCUGCGGAGAGAUUGUACUGGGAAAACUACAACACCACAACCUACUUUACUACACAGGCUGGGAAUAGGUCUGCCCUUCGCUACCACAUUAUUACGCUGCUCUUGGUUGCAUUUGUGCUCUACCCUGUGUCCCUGGCGCUAAGCGCCGCCCGUUCUAGGUGGUACUUACCCCUGCUGUUUGUUAAUCUAUGCAUUUGUAUUUCGUCCGUAAUGGCAUUGUCCGUGUUCAAAAAUACUUUCCCGGAAGAAGACUGGUAUGCGCAUAAUAUCUAUGGCACCACUUCUGUGCUACUUCUCGUUUUUAUGCUUGUUCACUUCUUCGCUGCGGUGCUUUCUGUCCCCGUCUCAUUAGCAUCGAAAAAGGAGUACCGUCCGGUUGACACCAUCCCUCUGAAUGAUCUUGAAUCUACGCCCGUCAUGGUGAAUAGUGCACGUGGCUCUCCAAGUCCUUCUUCCAACAGAGACACGUUGUUCUCGCUCUCUUCAGACACCACGACCGCCACGGCCACCAAUAAUAAUAAACGGAGACGCGCUGAAGGCGAAGACGAGGGUGAUAACACCUCCAACCACGACACUUUGCGCGACGAAGACUACGAUAAUGAUGACGACGAAAUUGCUUCCAUUGAAGCGCCACCUCUGCUUCCUCAAGACAUACCCGUUUUCCGAAUCUUGUUUACCAACACGAAGUACCAGAUGCUUGCCGCGCACCUCUCGUGCGUCGCCAACGUGGUCUUUCACAUGCUUACCUACCCGCUAUUCAUGUACAUCUUUGUAGACCUAAUCAUCGGCUUCGCUGUAGGUAACUUGCUCGGCAAGGGCAUCCGCAUCUUUAAUCUCUUGGCCCACUGGAUUAAGGGCGGCGUAUUUUUUACUCUGGGCGUUGUCUCUUUAGCAAGAUACUGCGGUUUCGCAGCUAAGUACGGCUGGGCAUGGAACAACAUCAGCUUCACCUCUCAACUCACACAAACGCGUUCCUCCAAUCUUCUUUUCCGGUUUGCUCCUGCGGGGACUUUCACCAUGGAAUUCGUUGAAUCCUUCCUCAUUUUCUUUUACGGGUCCACCAACAUCUUCUUGGAGCACCUGGCAGGAAACGGCGGCGCAUGGACUGCCAAGGAUUUACAGCAUGUGUCGAUCGCGUUUAUGUUCAUAGGAACCGGAUUGUGUGGGCUACUCACGGAGUACAAGCUCAACCAUUGGCGAUUCGAGCAUGCCCGCAAACGGCCACAGACCGAUGUAGUUGCUGCCACACCGGGGUACUCUCCAAACCCGUUCCCCGCUUUCACCAUAUUUUGGACUGGGAUUCUGAUGUCCCAGCACGCACAGUCCUCGCAAUUUUCUACUACCAUUCACACGCAAUGGGGAUACUUGUUGUCCUAUGGGUCCUUCUUCCGUCUGCUAACAUUUUUGAUUCUGUUUUUGGUGCCCAACACCAACAGUGCCGCAUCCAAGCCUUUCACGGAGUUGAUCACCUCGUUCUGUCUCCUCUGUGGUGGUCUGGUAUUUAUGGAGUCCACGGAUCAGUCCAUUGAAGCCAUGGAAUAUAGGGGGUUUACCCCCAUGUUCACUUUCAACCUCAGUGUUGGAUUCGUUUCUUUGUUGAUGGCUUGGGAAAUGAUUUUAUUUAUUUGGAAAGACUGGCUCAUCAAAACCAGGAAAACCAGUCUUUAA